AUGGCAUCCCAGGGGGUGCUCGCGGCGGCGAAGGUGGACUCGUUCAACGAGCCGUUCUACAGCCCCUGCCUCGAGGAGCUGCGCGGCGCCGUGGAGCAGGAGGGAUCCUUCGAGAUCCUCGGCCUGGAGAGGCACGGCAUCCUGGAGAGAGGGCCCCGAGGAGCAAGGCCAUGGCGAGGUUCAUGCGCGUGCUGGACGAGUGGCUUGCUCGUCCAGCACUUCCGGGUCGAGGGCAUCGGGGACGCGUACGGCAGGGCGGCGGAGGAGCGGUUCAUGGGCCCCGCCGCGGAGGAGGACACUACGGUCGUCGUCCUCGUCGUCUCUCUCAGGAGGAGAAAAUAG